CCGCCGGCCGCGCUCCACACCUGACAAGCGCGCUUCACACGCUCCAAUUCUCAACUGCAUCCCAUCAAUCAACGUUUCGGAGUUAACCGCAACAGUUCCGGUUUCACAUCGCAAUAAGUUUAACAUCUAGUUACUGUCGAGAACUUAAUAAGCGAAGUGCGUGCCAAUACACUCAGCGGAUUAACAUUUGAGUGUUUCAACGGAUUGUGUUUUGUGUGACUUCAAAACAAAUUUAAUAUACCUCCGGUAUACACCGGAGGCGGGAGGAAGUCAUCAAAAUAGCCAAAGUGUCUCCUAUAAAGUUGUCAGCGAUGGACAGCAACUCGGUGUCGCCGAUGCCGGAGCUGGCGCCCAUAGCGGAGUUCGACAAGUCGCCUCCUUCGCCUCCCAACGAGGAGGUGCCCAUGGACGACUUGCCACCCCCACCCGCCACUAUCUCGCAGGCCGAAGGCAAGAAGAUCAAAGUCCAACGCAGUCGGUCCUAUGACUCGGAUGACCACGAGCGAGGUGCCUGCGAGUGGUGCGAGUAUGCCCUCGUGAUCACUCUGGCGACGGUGCUGCUCAUUGGCGUCUCCGCUCUCACCAUCUUCUGGGUGUUCUACUACCGCGGUGGAUAUGCCUGGGCCGACGACACCCCAGACAAGCAGUUCAACUUGCACCCGACUCUGAUGGUGGCCGGUUUCGUUACGUUCUGCGGUUUCUCCGUGCUCUUGUACCGUAUCUGUCGAUGCUUCCGGCGCAUCUAUGUCAAACUGCUGCACGCCAUCUUCCACGCGUUAGCGUUCCCGUGCAUCGUUAUCGGCUUCCUGGCUGUCCUCGACUACCACAACAAGAAGGGCAUCAACAACUUCUAUUCGCUCCACAGCUGGAUUGGCUUCGUCGCCAUGGGACUGUUUGGAUUACAGUACGCAGUCGGCUUCUUCAGCUUCCUCCUACUGUUGAUUUGCAAUAAAGGCACCGCUGGAUUCCGCGCUUCCUUGGUACCGAUCCACGCCGCCUUUGGAAUCCUGACCUUCGUACUCGGUGUCGCUGCAUGUCUUACCGGACUCACUGAAAAGGCAAUCUUUGCCCUCGGUGCGGACCGAUACAGCGGCUUGGUCGACGAGGGAAUAAUAAUAAACGCGAUCGGGGUCUCUAUGGUUGCGAUACUCGGCGUCGUCAUGUACAUCUUGUCGAGGGAAAAGUUCCGACCCGCAGAGGCACGGGAACGACUCACCAGGACCUCUGUGGAUUUGUAGAAUGGACCUAAUAAGUAAUUACGUUAUAUGUAAAAUGCAGAGGAUGUUUAAUAAAAAAAAAAAACUUCAAUGAUUUUGGUUUUGGAUAGAAAAAAAAAACAAAACUAGAUUUGUGUCAAUUUUGGUUGAAAAAACGAAUAGAGUUAAAAUCGUGUAGUUUAGCAUAUACUAUAGUGCUGUAAAAUUUAGUUAUUUUUAACGAAUCUAUAGCUUUAGCUUAUUAUAGCAGGUUAGAGAUUAAUAUAAAAUCUACAUUAUUUUUUAAGUAGUGUUAUUUGAAUAGCAUUUAAGUACGCAUGUCAGAGGCUCACUUUGUUACAUCUUGAGAUUUAGAUGAGGUUAUUAUUAUACCUAAAUAAAGCUAUUUACUAGUUAUAGAUUUAAACUUAACGGAGAAACAAACGUUUUAUGAACUGAACUGAAAGAUAUAACUUUAAUCAGGUAGGUAAAUUUAUUUGCAUCUAAUUUCUAUGGAUUUAAUUUGCGAGGCAUGUUAGAACACUAAGAACCAACGAAACGAGAAUUUGUGCCGUUUUUUUUAUUGUUGUUGUUGAAAUGUUUCGGUCUGUAUCAGACCAAAUAUUUUAAAGUGGCAUUGUGUUUUAUUGCAUCAAAAAUAAAUCGAUGUUUGAUGAUUAGCGCUGUUCAUUAUUUCAAUUUCUGCAUAAUUCGUUAUGUAAUACAUAAGACAUCGCUUGGUUGUAUGUGCUGCUUCUGUUUGUUGCAUUAUCUUUGUACGUCAAGUCCUUUAUUGUGGGUGUUUUCAAUAAAAUGAUUAAUUACAAUUUGGAUGUUAUUGAACAUUCUAAUUGAAAGUCAAAAUAAAACUCUACAACAGAAAAACAGUUAAUUUCGUGUGUCACUCACUUUCGAGUUAUAAAAAAACUUUAAAAAUUAUAAUAAUAAAAAAAGUUUUGAUAUAAUAAUAUUCCGUAUAGAAAUGUAGGUAAUUUUGAUUUAAUUUCUCUUUAACGUAUAUCUAUCUACUCUUAGUAUGCCUAAAUCUAAAAGUAUUAAACUAGAUUAAACUUCACAAGUACUAUACGAUUUUUAAUUAACUAAUUUCGAAAUUUAAAUUCCCUAUUAAUACAUAUAUUAUGAUUAUGCAUUAUUUAAAGGCUUCUUUAACACCUACUAAUUACACCACUAUAUAGCAGUUUCUUGUCGAGAUAUAAAUCAAUCAGUAAAAUAUAUACAAUACUGGUGGUAGGACCUCUUGUGAGUCCGCGCGGGUAGGUACCACCACCCUGCCUAUUUCUGCCGUGAAGCAGUAACGCG